AUAAGAAACAGGGAACAUGUUGGUCCGCGCGCUUAGUAUAUUUGGCGUUACAAUAUUUGGAUUAUUCUCGGCUGCAGAAUCUAAUCUUCCUAUAACCACGUGCAAACGAGACGUAGUUGAUUAUUCAGCCUGUUUAAAGCGCGCUUUAAAAGAAGCAUGGCCACGAUUUAGUAAAGGAUUACCAGAAUAUGAUUUUCCAUCUUUGGAUCCACUAUUUUACAAAUACGGUAAAUAUAUAUUAUCUUCUGGUGAAGUACGUGGAAAACUAGUUCUGCUCAAUGUUACUUGCAUUGGAUUAUCCCACAUACAUUCUUCGGAUAUAAGAACACAUUAUAAUGAUGACGUCUUCCGUUUGGAAAUUGACGGACAAGUACCGUACCUGCGUAUAGAGGGUACCUAUCGUAUAAAUGGCAGUCUAAGUGUAUUCAAGCUUGUUACUCAAGGUCAUUUUAACAUAACCGCACAUGAUAUUAGAGCAACAGGAGAGUUGACAGGACACCUAGUAAACGAUACGUGGAUUGUUGAACAUUUUCAUGCAAUUCCAUCAAUUGGGAAAAUGAAAUUUUAUGCCGACAAUUUAAUCGAAAGCAGCAAACAGCUUACCGUAACCACCUGCAAACGGAAUGUGGUUGAUUAUUCCACCUGUUUAAAACGCGCUUUAGAGGAAGCAUGGCCACGAUUGAGUAAAGGAUUACCGGAAUAUGAUUUGCCACCUUUGGAUCCACUAUUUUACAAUUAUGGUAAAGCUGUAUUCAAUUCUGGUGCGCUACGUGGGGAUAUAAGAUUUUUUAAUCUCACUUGCAUCGGAUUAUCCCAAAGUCAUUUUUCUGAUAUAAGAGCAUAUUACACUGAUGAGGUCUUCCAUGUAGAAAUUGACAUACAAGUACCGCGAAUAUUUGUAGAGGGUAUCGUAAAAGUAAAUGGCAGUCUAAAUGUAUUCAAACUUGUUAGUGAAGGAUACACCAACGUAACCGCAGUUGAUGUCACUGGAACAUGGAAUUUAACAGGACAUGUAGUAAACAAUACGUGGAUUGUUGAACAUUUUCGUGUAGCUCCAUCAAUGAGAAAGCUUACAGUUUAUGCCGACAAUUUAAUCGAAGGCAGUAAAGAGCUUAGUGAUGUUAUUAUUACUUUUGUAAACGAAUAUUGGCCGUCGAUAUAUCGGGCAAUGUUGCCAUUUAUGAUCGACUUAUGGGAUCCGUGGUUAACUAGGUAUCCUAAUGCAUUCUUCUCCAAAGUUCCCUUCUCAGAAGUUUUUCCGUAAAAUUCAUAUGUUUAUUGUAUCUACAUCGAUAGAAUACUGCAGAGCUCGGCGAGAUAGGUCACUUUGCGGCCAAUUUUCAGUUUACUUCGCCCGCCGCUAUUCCCUUUACCUCGCCGUCCCGCGCGAAAAUCCGUGGAUUAUGCCUACUGUGGAUACUACUAUAAAAAAUAAGGCGUUAACAAUAGUACCUCAAGGGUGACGAGAAAACCUAUUGAAAAGACAUUCACGCUCCUGAACCUCGAGCGGCUCGUGGGCUUUGCGCAGGACGGCGAGGUAAAGAGACUAGCGGCGGGCGAAGUGAACUGAAAAUCGGCCGCGAAGUGACCCAUUUAAAACAAAUAUUUUCUAUUUUUUAUAUUUAAAAGUAAUGUAAUUAAUCAAUAAAAAUAAUUACU